AUGAAGUUCCACUUGUGUCUCGCUGGUAUCAAGCUUCUGAUCCUAAUCGUUGCUACGGGAGCUUCUCGAGGACCGAACAAGCUACAACGAGACGUCCCAGACUCCUUCAAGAUAUUUCAAGCGUUUGAAAAUCCCAUCGGAAUCGCAGACACCAACAACGACACUAUCCUAGAGUGCCUGUCUGCUCGUAGAGCUGAGAUUGAUCCGGAGACACAGACUGCUACGUACGUGUGGUCACUGGUCGCAGAGGACGGCAAAGGAAGGACGUACAUUCCUUUUUAUCACAGUCCAGGAAAUACACCUGAUGAAACACGAUUUACUAUCGGAUCAAAAAACCGUCCCCGUGCAACUGGCCACUUCCUUUACACCGACUACAAGAACUGCGCUAUUCUAGAACUGCCGUACCGCGGAGAUCAAUGCACACUUUGGGUAUCCAAGGCCGUGCGCGACUCCAUUCCCGACGUCUGCAUGGAACACUACGCCGAUGUAUGCGGUGAUGGCGCCCCUAUUUACGAUAAGGAUAUGUGCAAGGACGCCUACAACUAGGAAAAAGGGUACAUUGCGCAAAGCCAUACAGAGAGCAGCCACAAAGCAAGCCGUCAUCAAUCAGAUACCGCACACUUUGACACAAUGUUACUCCGCGCAUGCCUGUCAGCCUUCUUGGGAAAUGUGAGACUUUCGAUUCCUCUUGGUACGCGAUACGUUGCCGGGGUCCAUUGGAUGAUCAGCGCAUGCGCAUCCUAUACCGUGAAAAUUGUGGCCGUUGCCACGGCUAACCAGGAUCAUGUAGCAACUGAGCAGCGUAAGCUACCCGCUUCAAUCGACAUUAACGUUUGUUACCUGCGCUGCCUUGAGAACAAGAAAUAAAA